AUGGCCAGCACCACUGGCGUGCUCUUUGGCUCGACGGCCUUCGCCAGACUGCACGACACCCUGCUAAUUGUGUACGCCCACUGGCCCCUGGGCGUCUUCUUCUGUCGACUUAUCAUCUUCCUCAAGUUUUUCUCCCUCACCGUGAGCACUCUGUGCUUUCUGGCACUGCUCGUCCUUGCCUACCAGCUGACCGUCAAGCGCAGUAGGCCGCCCACUUCCGCCGGAAAGCAGGCCUUCCUGCUGGCCACCAUUUGGGCGGUGGCCUUUAUCACCACGAUGCCGCUGCUAUUUUGGCAUACCGUCUUGAAGAAUGGCUCAAAGGUGGCCACCACUUACAUGCACCUCACGAAAAAUUACAAGAAAAGUGCAGUUAACUGUGCCUUCACUCACUGGUGGAUUCUGACUAAUUUGCUUAAGAAGGAUCAAGUUCAAGAAAAUGAAAGCGCUAAGCAAAAAGAAGCGGUCAUAAUGUCGCCGCAUGACAGUAAAGACAUCAUUGUCAACAUGAAAUUGAUUCAAAAGUGGCACGACUCUCGACUUGCCUUCGGAAGUUGCAGCAACGCUUCUAGAAGCAGAAUAUCUCUUUCCAGCAAGCACUCAACCAGAAUUUGGCUGCCUGACACUCGCCUUGACACUGACAAGGAUCAGGACACAGUUGAGGGACUGAAAAUAGGCCAACACGGUGAAGUAAUUUAUGAGAAAAAUGUCUUUGCCAAGGCUCGCUGCAACGCCAGCUUUGCCUCCUACCCAGUGGACCAGCAAAAUUGCACCUUUUUUCUUGAAAGUGAAUCUGACUACGCUCUCAAGUACCGCUGGCAUUGGGGAAAUCUUUCCCAAAAACCAAACUUUUUCAAGAAAAUCAUCAUCUCAGACUUGAGUCUAGCUGGCUACAGUCUUCGCACUGAACCCAACUUUUCCAGUCGCCUGAUGGUAGACGUCUUUCUCUGUCGACCCUUCUUCUUCUACCUAGCUCGCUUCUACCUGCCGGCCUUCUUCGUCGUAAUUGCCUCCUUUAUGCCACUUUACCUGUCGCCCAAUUCUCACUCCAAGGUGGGCCUAGGAAUUACUGUGCUUCUGACCAUGACGACGCUGGUCACCAACAGCAGCUACGACCUGCCCAAGAUUCACUAUCUCACUAUUCUGGACAUCUAUCUCUUUUUCUGCUUCUUCUCAGUCUUUUUUUCGGUAGUGGAGUACGCUCUGAUUGGCUAUUUUGACCUGGUCAUCGAGGCGACGGCUGAUAGCCGACUGGAGGGUGAACACUUUGCCGCCGUGGUGGUCAAUCCAAAGCGCAAGUUGAUCAGGCAAAAGUCAGCUGUGAAGCACUCUGACAUGAUCAACUACAUUGCCCGCAAGUUGUAUCCCUUUGUCUUUGCCCUCUUUAAUGUCGCCUACAUGCUGGUGCUGUUUGUCAUUGUGGUCAACAAUAGCCUGGAGCAAAUUAUGUUUAAGGUGUAG